AGCCGCGGGCUAUAUAAGCAGCGAGUCGGGCCGCCGCGGGGCAGACGGCGACAGCAGCGGCGGCGAGCGCUUCGGAGCGCGGCGGAACAGCGCGCCGCAACAGCGCGCCGCGAGCCCCGCGCCCCCCGACGGGCCCGCCUGCCCGUCAGCCGUCCCGAGCAGCGCCGGCCCGGGCCCGCGAGGGCCGCCGCCACCCCGCAGCAGAUUUGGAUCCCCCGCCCGGCGAGCCCCCGGCUGCUGCCUCCCGGGGGGCCCCGGCGCAGCGGCCGCCCCCCGAGAGCCCCGGCGCCCCGCAGCCCGGCCCCGCAGACGCCGGAGGCGCCAUGGCCUCCAAGCCCGGCGAGCUGAUGGGCAUCUGCUCCAGCUACCAGGCGGUGAUGCCGCACUUCGUGUGCCUGGCCGACGAGUUCCCGCAGCCCGUGCGGCCCGCCAAGCUGUCUAAAGGCCGGGGCCGGCUGCGGCGGCCGCGCCAGUCUCGCUUCAAGACGCAGCCAGUGACCUUCGACGAGAUCCAGGAGGUGGAGGAGGAGGGGGUGUCCCCCAUGGAGGAGGAGAAGGCCAAGAAGUCGUUCCUGCAGAGCCUGGAGUGCCUGCGCCGCAGCACGCAGAGCCUGUCGCUGCAGCGGGAGCAGCUCAGCAGCUGCAAACUGAGGAACAGCCUGGACUCCAGCGACUCUGACUCGGCCCUGUGAAGGGUGCCGCCUGCAGGGGGAAAGCGCGCGUCCGCCGUCCGCGCGGGGACCGACGUGCGAAUCCCGAGAGGGCCCGCAUCCUGCCCUCGGGGGACCCCCAAGGACCGGGGACUGCCGCCCCUUGCGCGCUCGGACUUCCGCCCCGCUGCGAACUGGUCGGUGCGCCCCUAGCCGCGCUCGCCCUUGCCCGGGGGCGCCGGGAGCGGGGCCGCUUUCCUUGCCCUUGUAAAUGUUUAUUUUUUAACUCUUCCCAGUGCGAACUCUGCUGUGAGUGUGUGCGGGAAGGCGCGCCCGCGCUGAGUCGGCCGCGGGUUGCCCGAGUCGCCGCUCCACGCCCUUGUCCGAAGGUUUGCAACUCCGAUUUUGCACACCGCUCCACCCUGCCCCCCAGCGCACACGCGUUCACACUCACGCCAACACUCUCGCUGAACACUUUUAUAAUGUUAGGUGCGGCCGUUGGGACUUGGGGCGCAGCGCAGCUGCUGCUGCUGCGGCCGGAGGAUUGAUAUUUAUUUUUGCAUUGCGAUGGCUGAAGGCGUUUAUUUAACGAUCUUUUUACCUGGAUAUGUCUGUGAGGCUCCUGAACGGAGACAAAUAAAGUCAAUAUAUUUGCACAGUG